AUGGGUGCAUCGAUUAAGAAUAUUGAAAUUCAGAUGAGUCAAAUUGUGCAACAAAUGGUAAAUCCUCAACAGCCGGGAGCUCUACCUAGUGCCACAGUUACAAAUCCUAAAGAUCAUAAUAACGUAAGUGCUAUAAGCACUAGAAGUGGUAAAGCUAAAGAAGUCGUGGAGGAAAAUGCUGAAAAAGAAGAGCCGUUGCUUGAAGUUGAUUUGGAAAUAAAGGAAAAUGAGGUAGAAGCUGAGGAUGUGGUUAUAUCAGAACCGGUGACGAAAGGGAAGAUUAUUGAGCCAAAACCGGCCGUUAAACUUCCUUUUCCCACUAGAAAUAAAAAGAAGGGGCAGCAUGAGAAGAAUUUUGAAAAAUUCUUGGAGAUGUUCAAGAAACUUGAAUUAAAUAUUCCAUUCCUAGAGGCAUUGAAGCAAAUGCCUACAUAUGCCAAGUUCAUGAAGGAUAUCAUCUCCAAGAAAAGGACCACCGAUCGUGACCCGAUUAUUCUAACCGAAACUUGUAGUGCUAUUUUACAGGGUAUGAAGAUUCCGGUGAAAAAGAAGGAUCGAGGUUCUGUGACUAUUCCUUGCACUAUUGGGGAUAGAUCUUUCAAGAAAACACUUAUUGGUUUGGGAGCAAGUGUGAGUCUUAUGUGUCUAUCCAUUUAUAAGAGAUUGCGGAUAGGUAAAGUGCAAGAUACAAGAAUGACACUCCAAUUUGCUGACCAUUAUGUGAAGAGACCAUACGGGAUAGUAGAAGAUGUGCUCGUCAAAAUUGACAAGUUUGUGUUCCCGGUGGACUUUGUUAUUUUAGAGAUGCGGAAGAUGAAGAGAUUCCAAUCAUUUUGGGGAGACCAUUUUUAG